AUGACUACAAGAGCAAGAGCUUCAACCACUCCAUUAGAGUGUAAUAUCAAGCUCACAAAUGCUGACUUCACUCAAGAUGAUUGGGCAUCAUGCCCAAAUACAAGAAGAUCUAUUACUGAAAACUUAUUGAAGUAUGGAAACUCACUCAUUUCCUGGAAAUCUAAGAAGCAACAUACAGUCUCUCGAAGCUCUACAGAGGCAGAAUAUAGAAGUCUUGCUACACUUACAACUGAGACGAGAGUGAAAAAACAGAAACAGCAUAGGAAAGCUUUGAAGUUUUAUACAGCUUGUUUUGGGUUUAGAGAGCCGUUUCAAAUCCUCUGUGAUGGAACAUUGGUGCAUUAUCUUGUUGGUAAUGGCAUAACACCUAAUACUGCAUUGGAAAAUAGUCUUGGCGCCACAGUUGAACUUUUUACAACCAGAUGCAUUCUUUCGGAGUUGAAGAACCAUGGGAGUCCCGAAGCACUGGAAGCAGCUAAAAAUCUUUGUACUGAUGCACGAUGCGGCCAUGAGACACAGAAAAGUGCUGAAGAUUGCAUAACUGAAGUAAUUGGGCAGAACAAUGCUCAAAACUUUUUUGUUGCUACUCAAGAUGGUGAUUUGCGUGGAAGUCUUCGAAAGAUACCUCGUGUGCCCCUAAUAUCUGCUCUGGGGAAGGAAUUAUUUCUCGGAAAACCUUCAUCAUCUCAACGUCAGUUUGCCAAAUCUUCUGAAGAAGAACGUCUUCAUAUAACUGACCUGGAGGCUCAGAUUAUCAAUACAAAUGUUGAGAGCAAGGAUAAAGUUCGCAAGAGAAAGAGAGCUAAGGGUCCAAAUCCACUUUCAGUACUCAAGAAGAAAAAGAAGCCCGUGGUUACAAAUGAUAAGAAGUUGAAUAAUGAUGAGGGAAGUGUGAAAAGGAAGAGGAUAAGGAGGAGAAGGAAGACGUCACAGAAAGAUGUUGUUGAAGGUGACCUUUAUAACAGGAAAUCCACUACUGGAUAUUUGUUUACUUUUUCAGAGGGAGUUAUAUCAUGGCGGUCGAAGUUGCAGAAGUGUGUUGCACUAUCUACAACUGAAGUUGAGUAUAUUGCGGCUACUGAAGCCGGCAAUGAGAUGAUAUGGCUAAAGCGAUUUCUUCCAGAGCUUGGUGAUACCGAAAGACAAAUUCGAGUUAUGCAAAGAACUUGUGGGUAUGAGCUCUCUCUAAAGAAAUUGAGAUACCUCCUUCUGAUGAGAGUGAAAAAACAGAAGCGGCAUAGGAGAGCUGUAACGUUUUACAAAGCUUGUUUUGGGUUUAGAGAGCCGUUUAAAAUCUUCUGUGAUGGAACAUUUGUGAAUUAUGUUGUUGGUAAUCGCAUAACACCUGAUACUGCAUUGGAAAAUAUUCUUGGCGCCACAGUUAAACUUUUUGUAACCAGAUGCGUUCUUGCGGAGUUGAAGAGCCUUGGGAAAUCUGAAGCACUGAAUGCAGCUAAAAACCUUUGUACUGCACGAUGCGGCCAUGAGAGGCGGAAAAGUGCUGAAGAUUGCAUAACUGAAGUUAUUGGGGAGAACAAUUCUGAACACUUUUUUGUUGCUACUCAAGAUGCUGAUUUGCGAAGAAGUCUUCAAAAGAUACCUGGUGUACCCGUAAUUUUUGCUCUGAGGAAUGCAUUAUUUCUCGAACAACCUUCAUCAUUUCAACGUCAGUUUGCCAAAUCUGCUGAAGAAGAACGUCUUCAUAUGACUGACCUGGAGUCUCAGAUUAUCAAUACAAAUGUUAAGAGGAAUGGAAGUGAUGUCAAGGAUAAAGUUCGCUUCAAGAGAAAGAAAGCUAAGGGUCCAAAUCCACUCUCAGUACUCAAGAAGAAAAAGAAGUCUGUGGAUACAAAUGAUAAGAAGGUAAAUACAGAUGAGGGAACUGUGAAAAGGAAGAGGAAAAGGAAGAGAAGGAAGACCUCACACGAAGAUGUUGUUGUUGAAGGCAUCCACCAGUAA